AUGCAGUUCAAGACCGUGGCCCUUCUCGUGGCUUCCUUGACCCUGGCGCAGGCUCGCCCCGAUGGCAUGCUCUAUAGGCGCCAAUUCGGCAAUGACACUUGGUCGGACUGGUCCGAGACCACCACCUCCACCACGAGCUUGAGCGUGGAGGAUACGACCACCACUAGCACGACUGUCACUGCCACGACCACGACCACGACCACCAGCCUGGUUGUGAAUGAUGUAUCCACCACCACCACCACGUCAGUCAGCCUUCCUGUCGGGGUUGAAUCCACCACCAGCUUGACGACGACUGUCACGACCUCUAGCACCGAGUGGUCUGACUGGACCUCGACUACGAGCACGUCCACCAGUAGUCCUAUCGCCGGUGCUUCUACAACAUCUGCGUCAAGUAAUACCAGCACUACUAGUGAGACGAGUGUGGAGGCGGUGGCGACCUCGACCACAAUUGCAACCUGGGAUGACUGGACAAGCGCAACCACUACCUCUAGCAGUUCUUUGGUGGUUGCCGCGGAAAGCUCGGCUACCACCACCAGUGAAGCAAGCUGGUCAGACUGGGAAACGCUGACGACCACGGUCACAUCAAGCGAGUCCGCUGUAGUCAGUACCACCGUGGAGGAUUCGACCCUCACCUUGACCCUGGGGGUGGGAAAAUCCGCGUCAGUUGUGACUACCACCAUCCACCAAACCAAGACUUUCACCCUCACUAGCACGAUAUAUGCCACCAUCACCCGACCGUCGGGAGGAUUUAACAACGUGGCUGCUGAGACAGCUUCACCCACCACGACGGAGACACUGGAAUCUACCUUGACCGAAACCAUUACCGUUGAACCGGUGCCAACAAGCGAUGUUGCUGUGGGCGGAACUGGGUCGGGAGCCGCUUCUGGUGGCGCCUGCGGUGUGGCAUAUGUCACCGCCACGGAAGUGGUUCAGAGCACCAUUACCGUCACCGCCAGCCCGAGUGAAAUCAAACCCGUCAAGCCUACCGCAGUAGUUGCAGUGGUCGAUGAUACAACCCCGACUUCGUCGAGCUCAACCGUCCCGUCGACCUUGUCCACUGGAUACGAAUUUGGCAAUGGUACCGGCGCAGAGACGGGGAAGCCCAAGUUUCCUAGCACUGGGUUCCUCACUGUGUCCAAAUAUGCCAGGCCAACUGGAUGGAAAGCAUGA